AUGAGCGCCAACGCCACCGCCCGCGAUGCGUGGGAAGAUGAGGACUGGGAAAGCCAGGCUGAUAAGCUAGAUACUCAGCCUACGCAGCCGGCUGAGAAGAAGGUCUCCUCGAAGGUCACCAAGGCGCAGCGCAGGGCGCAACAGGCCGAGUUCAACCGGCAGCUAUGGGCUGAAGCCGAGUCCCCACAACAGACAUUCCACUACCUCGAGACACGCUCGGAUGUGCCACUGAAGCAGGACUUCAAGCCGACAGUAACGCUACUCAGCCGCAAGCCACAAAUAGCAACCCGGCAGACACCAUCAUCGUCUUCCUCCGCCACAGCAGCAGGAAUCGCGCAGCUGGGACUAAACGGCGAGGACGAUGAAUCCGACGACGAGGGUAACAAACGGCCCGAACCCACACCCGAAGAGCGGCAGGCAAUGGCGCUCAAGAACCGGGAGGAGAAGCAGCGGAAAUACGAAGAGGCGCGGGAGCGGCUGUUUGGGAGUCCCUCAGCUACGACGUCCGGUGCAUCUUCGCCGGGGAGCACGACGCCGCCGCUGCGCCCCCAUGAGGGGAGAGGAGGGAAAGGCAAAGGGCGGGGUGGUGGUGGUGGCGGGCGAGAGCGGGAGAAAAGGGAUUCGUCCACGGCGUCGAGCAAGUCGAGACAUCAUCUCUACGAUCCCGCUAGCGCCGCGAAGCCGAACGCCGGGUUUACGCAGAGACAGCUACAUCGGCAGCAGUCAAAUAACAGUGACUCGGACAAGAGUAGCCCGGCCCCGCAGCAGCCGGUACGCAACCCGCGCGGGCCAGAUGCGAGUGGGAGAGGUGGUUUCAGCAGAUUCGCAAAUCGGGGUGGCCGAGGCAGCUAA